AUGGCUGCUGCUCAGAGUGGAACAGAUUUACACGGAGAUGUGGGUAUGCUGAAGCAGCCGGUCUCGCGGAGCAAUCACUCGCAGGAGGACAACAACAACAACAACAACAACCAGGAUACAAUUGGGUCCAAUCGUUCCACCCCAUCGGGCAUUGCAACUCCUCAACCUGAUCUUACAGACAAACGCCAACCAUCAAUCAUGCAUAGUUAUUUCCAGGUUGGUCCCUCCUCAAGUCAUGACAAUUGCCCCUCCAAUUCGUGGUUUCCUUUUUCUGAGACAGUUGCUUCCUUCAACGAUAAGCAGCCGGGUACAUAUUCCACAGAGACGCGGGAUGAGCAAGGCUCUGGGCACAAUUCCUCUUCCUCGGGGUCUUUUGUCAUGAUGGAGCGUGACGGGGCUUCGGACAUCAGAGCCUCCUCCGUACCACCAGACAAGAAACUCGGCGCACAAGAAAUCUCUCCGGAGUCCUUACCUCCUACAAACCUGCCCACUCCCCCCUAUUCCUCCGCCUGUUCCCUUUUGCAGAAAGAGCCGGAGGAAUCUGAGCUGGGCUCCUCAGCCCCCGAGAAGGGCAUGGCUUCCAUUUUCACUGCUUUGAAAAGCUAUCUUUCACCAUCCACAGCCAAUCCCGCUGAGCCCCAAGCACGCCGUCAUACAUCCCACCCAGUUUCUAGCAUCUCUGAUGACCCCGUCCUUGCUUCGCACUUCUCCAACCCUUCCCUUCCUCCUGCUUCAGACCCGUUGGACCUGCCGGAAGUCCCCCUCCUCGCCCACGAAAAACCUCUUUCCAUGUCUUCUGAGAAUCUUACGAAGCUAACUGGGAAUCUCUCUGAUGCUUCGUGUCCAAAGAACACUCCCCCCCUUACUCCCCGCGCCAUGUCUAAUGAAGGAUCCCAAACGGCCGAGAAGAACCCACCUGUCACAUCUUGCCCUCGCUCGUCGGAACAGUCCCAGUCCGAUGACAUGGCCACGUCCGCCGACGAGAUUGCGGGAAAGCUCAAUGAAGCGUUUCCGUCCCAGCUGGACUGUUCGGAAUCAGAGCAAGACCAGCAGCAGCAGCAGCAAUCCGGCCCGUCUUUAGGACCCCUCAAGGGUAAACUCUACGUCAAGAUCACCGAAGCCCGGGGCAUCAGACCCGGUUUUGAUCCGUACGUGGUAUGCGUUUUCGAGUGGAAUGAAGUCAUCUCGAAGAGUGCCCAUGAUGAGGAGGAAGCCUCGAUUGAGCGACAACAGAAAGAGAAAGAGAAAUCGGACCGCGAAGCCGGGCGGCCAAUGGCGAUCCCCAUGAAGAGCCGCCAGAGCAGCAACAACAGCGCACUCGAGGGUCAUGAUCCCAGGGGGAAGUCUCCCGUGGCGGAUCCACACUGGAACCACGAGGCAACUUUCGAUGUUCUGGGCGAAGAAUCUGAAAUUGAUGUUUCGGUGUACGAUCGCAACAACCAAGAGGCAUUCCUCGGCCAUGUACGGCUGUCUUUGAAUCUCAAGGAAGAUCACAGUCGACUAGAAGGAUGGUUCCCAUUGUCAGCCCGCGGAGCUGGCGAUAACCAAAUCUCUGGCGAAAUCCACCUCGAGAUGCUUUUCGAACAGACCGAUAAGAAGCAAGUGGGACCAAACGACUUUCAGAUCCUGAAACUCAUCGGAAAAGGAACAUUCGGGCAGGUUUAUCAGGUCAUGAAGAAGGAUACGCACCGUAUCUACGCCAUGAAGGUCCUGUCGAAGAAGGUCAUCAUCCAGAAGAAGGAAGUCGCUCAUACCCUGGGAGAACGGAACAUCUUGGUUCGGACCGCUAUGGCGGCAUCUCCAUUCAUUGUUGGACUCAAAUUCUCCUUCCAGACUCCUACGGACCUGUACCUGGUCACGGACUACAUGUCAGGCGGCGAGCUGUUUUGGCACCUGCAGAAGGAGGGGCGUUUCCAGGAGGCACGGGCUAAAUUCUACAUCGCCGAAUUGAUUCUAGCACUCCAGCAUCUUCAUGAUCAUGACAUCGUUUACCGGGAUUUGAAGCCGGAGAACAUUCUUCUUGAUGCGAAUGGGCAUAUCGCACUGUGCGACUUUGGUCUAUCCAAGGCCAAUCUCACGCAGAACGACACAACGAACACCUUUUGCGGAACCACGGAAUACCUGGCGCCUGAGGUCUUGCUUGAUGAGCAAGGGUACACGAAGAUGGUGGACUUUUGGUCACUCGGUGUUCUUGUCUUUGAGAUGUGCUGCGGAUGGAGUCCGUUCUACGCGGAAGACACUCAGCAGAUGUACAAAAAUAUCGCGUUCGGCAAGGUUCGCUUCCCACGCGAUGCGCUCAGCACCGAGGGUAGAAAUUUUGUCAAGGGUCUGCUGAAUCGGAACCCCAGUCACCGCCUGGGCGCUAAGGGCGACGCGAAGGAGUUGAUGGCCCAUCCGUUCUUCAACGACGUCGACUGGCAGGCACUCGCUCGCAAGGAAGUCAUCCCGCCGUUCAAGCCGAAGCUCAAAUCCGAUACCGACACGUCGAAUUUUGAUCCUGAGUUCACCAACGCCCUCGAGAACAACGCUUCGCUGAAUGACCGUGCCGCCGCCUUAGCCAAUGGAUUUUUGACCGCCUCAACUCCGCUGUCCCCAGGAAUGCAGGCCAACUUCAAGGGUUUCACCUUUGUCAAUGAGAGCUCCAUUGACCACCAUAUGAAGCAUGACCCCAGUGACCAUAUGGAGGAGGAUCCAGAGCAGUGGCAACGAUCGCACCAGCACGGCAAUUCCAUCGAUCAGCACAUGAGUGGUGUUCACAAGAGCAACGAUGGCAGCGAGCCGGGCAUCUUCAACGUUGAUGAUAAUUUUGACAUGUGA